CCCGAAACAUCCCCUCCAAAUCUUUAACGCCCUCAAUCCCAGCCCCUUGAGACGCUCCUCUUGACCUGGCGUUCGUUCUCCUCCCAUGCGCCGCUCACCGACUCCUCGUCCCGGACCAUCACCUGCCCGUCCAUCUCCCAUGACCUCGUCCUAAUGUCGCCACAAGAUCCCAUCCUUCGGCAGGCGCAGAAGCUCCGGAUACACCCUCCUUUGUUCGGCGUACCACAGGGCUCUAGUCCCCCGGCUCGGCUGGCGAUAUUAGUCCCCAGGCACUUAGUCCGAAUCAAGAUCCGCUUGCAUAAGCCCCAGACGCGCCUACAAGCCGGCCCAGCCUACAGGCCGUGCCGUCCAUGUUACACCCAGCCGAUAUGGAGGGGCACGCGCGCUUCUCGGAGAAGACAUGUUUCUUUGUGCCGGGGCGUGCGCGGGCGCUCCACGGCGGCCGCCUCGAUCGCGGCCUGUGGGAGGGUAGCGGUAGAUGGGUGUACGAUUUACCAUCGACGUGGCGACAGGGGGUGGUUGAAUCGUCCGAGAUGGUGCACUCAAGCACACGUCCCAAUAAUAACACUGCCAUCAACCCUGCCUCCACUGUACCGCCGGGCGUCUCCGGGAGUUUGAAUCCCUGUUGCUGCAUAAAGAUUAGUAUACGUCCCUGGCGAAUACUUGUACUUCAUCUCGCAAGUCAUGGGGGACGUCCGUCGUCGAAUUCGAAUCCGUUGCACGCUCUCGGAUUGAUUUGAAUGAUUCAAUAACUAGCUGACAUCGUCACACAUGACACUUCAGUUCGUCUCCAAUAUGACAACCAGGACUCCAGUUCUUAUAGCCCUUGGGGCUAGAACCCUGCCCCUAAUUCCCAGCAAUGACCAACUCCGAUCU